AACCUCGCAAACACGCAUACUUUAUCACUGCAAGAACUGUGUUUUCAUCUCCAGACUUCACACCUCUCUCUCUCUAAAAUCUGCCCCUGCCAUGUCUAUUUCUUCUCUAUUAGAUCCAUAAAGCCCAUUUCUUCAAAUCCCAAUCCUACCGGAUUCUCUCAAUUCUCCGUUCUUGCGUUUAUUCAUAGUUAUAUAUCGUUUUCUGGGUGUCUUUGUGGAGAUACAUACAUAUAUAGCUUGAAAUUGUUGGGAUAUGGGUUCUGUAAGGCCAGAUCUGAGUUGCAGAGUGUACCCGGAGCCGGUGGACCACUUCGACCGGCUGCCGGAUUCUCUCAUCCUGCUCGUCUUCAAUAUGAUCGGCGAUGUCAAAGCUCUCGGCCGAUGCUGCGUCGUUUCCAAGCGUUUCCAUUCGCUCGUGCCCCAGGUUGACAACGUCGUCGUUCGGGUUGACUGCGUUAUCUCCGACGAAGACGGUUCUUCACCGUCGUCGUCGGCCGCGGCGGCGGCGGCCGCGUCUGACAAGUCUCGGCACCCCAUCUCCUCCAUCCUCCGCCUCGUGUUCACGGGCCUGCUCAAGCCUUUCCAGUCUCUCUCCCAAUUCAUCUCCGCCUCCCCGAGGCGCGUCGCCGCGUCGUCGGCGCUCGAAGACGGCGAGUUUGACCAGAGCUCCGUGACCCACCACUCCCCCACUCAGGUCUUGAAGAAUUUUAACGAAAUCAAGCUCCUCCGCAUCGAGCUGCCGAGCGGCGAGCUCGGAAUCGACGACGGCGUUUUGCUGAAAUGGAGGGCCGAUUUCGGGUCCACGCUGGACAAUUGCGUCAUCCUCGGCGCCUCGUCGGUGACUCACCCCUCAACCACCGGUAAUAAUAAUAACAACAAUACCCCACUCCCCGACGAUCAAACUACUAACAAUGAGGCAAAUGCCGCCGAGAACGAUAAUGGGAGCAUACCCGAAUCCUUUUACACUAGCGGCGGCUUAAAAUUACGCGUAGUGUGGACAAUAAGCUCCCUAAUCGCCGCUUCUGCUAGACAUUAUUUACUUCAACCCAUAAUUGCAGAGCAUAAAACUCUGGAUAGUUUGGUUUUGACCGACACGGAUGGGCAGGGAGUUCUGUGUAUGAACAGGGAGCAGCUUGAGGAGCUGAGAGUGAAGCCACUCUCCGCAUCCUCGGCCUCCAAGCGAACUUUGGUGCCGGCUCUGAAUAUGCGCCUCUGGUACGCUCCACAUUUGGAGUUACCAGAUGGAACAGUGCUUAAAGGUGCGACCUUGGUGGCUAUUAGGCCCAGCGAGCAGCACAAGAAAGAUGUGGUUGGGUCAGAUGGGAAUUGGGUAGCUUCGGCUUUCGAUGAACCCUAUGGGGCAGCUGCAAGGAUGCUGGUGAAGAGGAGAACCUACUGUCUUGAAAUGAACUCGUUCUGAAAGCGAAUCAAGAAUUCGUUAGAUGGAUCUCUAAGCUGAGGUUGCUGCUUUUGAUGAAAGAUGGAUUCACGUGUCAUGGAAGGAUGAGAAACAGUACAAUUUUGUCUUGAGCCGCAAUUGAGUUAAUUGAGCCUCUUUACAUAUGAAUCGUAAAUUCGUAAUGGAGCAAUGCAUGCUUCGGGAGAUGAAAUACCAAUUGUCAACUGAUCAAUAGCUGUAAAUGUGUUGUUGUGCACUUAAACAAACGGACAACAGGCAUAUGCUUUAUGGAUGCUGAGAAUGCUUAAUGAUUUAUGUUGUAAGAGCUUUGUGCCUUUGACAUCGUCGUGGUCUACUUAGUUUCCUCUGUGAAUAUUGUAGGUUAUGCUAUGCUUAUGUGAUGUACUUUCAAGGUUAAUCGAGCAAUGAAUUGUGUAUUUCGCUCGUA